AUGGCUGCUUGGUCUUCAGUGAGCGAAGUCACUUCCUCAAGAGAGUUCUUUGAGCCGGGUUCUUCCCUUGCCCUUGACAAAAGCACAAAAGGUGAGGUCGUCUUUCGCCGCCAUACGGUUCGCCUUAAAUUAAAGACGGAGAAGGGGAGGAGCGGUUAUCUAUGUAAUUACGGUCUUUGUUUUGUUGGCCGUUGUUCCGGUCGAGCACUCUCUUUUCUUUGUCCAAUUCCGUCUUACCAAACGAAGACUCGAUUCCCUGACCAACCCGCGAAGGGUUGGGAGGUUGGAUCAGGUACGAAGAAUGAAUCUAUAUCUGUGUACGGAAGCUGCCGGCCGGCGGCCGCUCAACUGUUCGAGCGUAAUGCAGUGGUGGUUGGUUCCGAUUCGACAAGGGUAGAAUGCCUGGUCGAAGGUCCAGUACAGUAG